UUUGUGUUUGUUGAGGUUAUAGGUAGUGGUUAUAUUUGCGAAAUGAAACUUGGUAUAAUAGUUGAAAUCUGUGAUAAAUUUAGAAAAAUAAAUAAAUAAUUGGUUCCUUAAAUAAAUUAUUUACUUGUGAAUUGUGAUUGUUUGAAGAUAUAUUGAUAAAUUGUGAAAAUGGCCCAGAAUAUUAUAAGGAAUUUAUUGCGGCGUAAAGAAUUUUCGAUUGUAUUUUGCCCAACAGUAAGAAAUUCAGCUCCAGGAAAUCCGGUCUUGAAGCAAUUAGUCCGAUCGACAGCAUCAUUUCAUCAUGCUUAUUUCCAAAAAUAUUCAUUGGAGCAGAACAACUUAUAUAGAAAAAACCGUUUUUACUCUGUAAAUGCAGCGGAAAAGACAGACCAAGAUUAUAUAAAUGAACACAAAAUAACGAUUAUUGGUGAGGAUGUACCAAAACCAUACAGAGAUAUUGAUGUUAGUGGAUUUCCAGAUUAUAUCAAGUCUUUCUUAAAAGAGCAAGGAUUCACAAGUCCAACUGUUAUCCAAUCCCAAGCGUGGCCUAUAGCACUAAAGGGUGACAAUUUUGUUGGUAUUGCACAGACCGGUACAGGUAAAACACUGGCAUAUCUUUUACCAGCUGUUGUACAUAUUAAAGAGACACAAGCGAGGCGAGGUAAGGGGCCAAGGGUACUAGUUUUAGCACCAACUAGAGAAUUAGCCAGACAAAUUGAGGAGGUUGCAAAAGAGUUUCAGAAAUCAUUAAAUAUUCGUAGUUUGUGUAUAUAUGGAGGAGUUAGUAGAUCACGACAAGCUGAAGAACUAAAUCAUGGUGUUGAUAUAUUGAUAGCAACUCCUGGAAGACUAAAUGAUUUUAUUGAUAGUAAAGUAACAAAUCUUUCAAGAUGUGGUUAUGUUGUUUUGGAUGAAGCUGACAGGAUGUUGGAUAUGGGUUUUGAGCCGCAAAUAAGGAGAGCUUUGGAAGGUGUUCCCCAUGAAAGACAAAUUUUAAUGUUUUCCGCUACAUGGCCAAAAGAGGUACAGUAUUUAGCUAAGGAUUAUCUUGGCAAAUUUGUACAAGUAAACGUGGGAUCAACUGAUUUAACUGCAAAUCACAACAUAACUCAGCAUAUUCAUAUCGUUGAACAGCAUGAAAAAAUGGAUAAGUUGAAACAAAUAAUGCAUGAUAUAUCUGGAAGUGGAUUUGGAAAGAUAUUGGUGUUUACCAAUACAAAGAGAUUUGUCGAUAGUCUUACUCUAACUCUGCGUAGAAAUAAUUGGUCAGCAGUUGGAAUUCACGGCGAUAAGUCGCAAAUGCAAAGGGACAUUAUUAUAAACAAAUUCAGAAGUGGCGGGACAAAUAUAUUGGUUGCAACAGAUGUUGCCGCCAGAGGGCUAGAUGUGGAUGGCAUAACACAUGUUAUAAAUUACGAUUUCCCGAACACCACCGAAGACUAUAUUCACAGGAUUGGACGUACAGGGCGAUCGCAAAAUAAGGGCGUAUCUCAUACAAUCCUCUCAGAGGAGGAUGGACGACAAGCAAAGAGUUUAAUAGCUGUGUUGAAAGAAGCCAAUCAGGAAAUACCAGAAGAUUUAGAGUUACUGGCAAGAGAUUAUAAUAACUCUAAAAACGUUGAAAGAAGAAGCAAUCCAAAGCACUACCAGAAAGGAUACAACAAUAGAAGCUAUACUAAUAACUAUAGGAGCAACAAUAAUUACAGAAGCAACAAUAACUAUAGAAGCAGUAAUAAGAGAUGGCAAUCAUAUGAUAGAGAAGAUUAUUAUUAGAAUUUUAGUUUAUUGUUAUAGCUAAUAUGCUUGUAUUCUAUUCUGUAAAAUGUAGCUUUAGGAUUUCCAUAGUAAUAAAAUAUUUCAAACAUA